AUUAAUAUUCAUGAAUCAGUCCUUAGCCAUAGUAGGUUGUACAAACUCCGUCCCGUCCAGUGAGAUGUUUGAAGGAGUGCGUCUUUAGCUCUAUGAUAGGAUAUGAGAUGGCUCUCCCAUGUGGAGAAAAAUGGACAAUGCACUCCCUCUUGUACAGCCCCAGUUGCGCAAAGUGUCACUUUCGGUAAUAGCCAUAGGUACAAGACAUUAGAAUAUAUAAUAUUACAGUUGUAUGAUUUGCGUUACUUUCAUCUUCAGUUACAAAAAAGGUGGUAACCCGUUGAGUUCAAAUAUAUUAAAGCCUCAUCUCGAUGGACACUUCUUACGAAAUUGUAGUUGUAACAGGUUUUAGUCCUUUCCGACAAUAUGUUGUGAAUCCAAGUUGGGAGGCAGCUAAGGGUUUGAAGAUGGCAGGACUUGGAUUGGGCAUAGAAAUCCAUAUUAAGGAGAUUCCUGUCAGUUAUGCAAAAUCCCAACAAGUCCUUGAUGAUAUCUGGCAGACGAUGACUCCAAAGGUUAUUAUCCAUUUGGGCAUAGCUCCAGGAGCCAAAGGCAUCACAUUGGAGCAAACAGGGAAGAACCACUGCUACAAAGACAGGGAUGUGAGUGGUCUGUGCCCUGAUCAUCACUGCUGCAUUGAGGGAGGACCAGACCGACUGGACUCCAUCAUAGACAUGAGGUCCCUUAGCAAGCAUUUAAAAAGUAUGGAGCUUGAUGUCAUCUACUCUAGGGACGCUGGGAGGUACCUGUGUGAUUUCGUAUACUACUAUUCACUGUACCGUGGGCAGGGAAAGGCUGUGCUGAUCCAUGUGCCAGCCUCAGGGAGCCUGGCAAGCCCAGAGAGACUGGUACCACAACUCCAGACCAUCAUCCAGGCUGUGUUACACCAGCUGGACCAUCCUGCACACACACAACCUCAGGACAGGUAGAAAACAUCCUCCACAAAACAUAAUCCUAUCACAGAUUACAUAACACCAAUGCAAUGUGACACGCGACACAGGCCUUCAGACUCAUUCAUUUUUUUUUAUUCAAAAUUUAAGAAAAAAAGAAAAUACAUGAACAUUUUCUUCAGAUAUACAUUAAGCCAAUGGCAUGUAAAAAGUCUACCAUCUCAACUGGUGGUGAGGAGAAAAAUGAAAAACAGGAGGCCUUAGAUACAUAAUUUACAAGAAGACAAGAAUACCAGCCAAACCGUUUCACCAUCAGCUUCUAUCAAUGCAGUGGCACAGAGAUUUUUAUUUUUCCUCCUUUUUUCAUUUCUUGUUUUUUUUGUGAAAGGAAAAUAAAAAGUGUUAUUAAACUCUUUUCAGUACAGUAGAUCAAGGCCCCUUUUGAAAUUUGUCGGAAUGCCAAGCAAAAACAACAGUGCCUGGGAAAUAAUGUCUGUGAAACCUCAAGCUCAUUAUUGCAAUUAAAAUGCAUACAUGCAUCUUUUCUAAACCUGAGGAUUUGCAUUAUGAAGAAAUAGAAUAAAAUAAUAA